AUGUGGGACCCUCAUUCCUCGAAACCCAUCCCGUCUCCUCCUAUCUGGCCGACUCUCUCAUUGGCUGAGUUGCUCAAGUCUGGCCCGAGUCCUCUCAGUCCAUAUGACAAAGUGAUUAUGGCAUUGAAUCUGGGUCGCAUGCUGCUUCGGACGUACGGCACUGGGAUAGAUGGCUGCGCUUGGUCAGCCGAGGAUCUCUUCUUCCUCUUCGAGUCUGGCCAGGAAACCGCCUACCAGAUAUACAACCCAUACCUGAACUAUUCUCUCGCAAGCGAAGGCAGUACUGUCAGUCCCAUAUCGCCCAGGAAAUUCCCAAUCUUGAUUGAUUUCGCGAAGUUGCUCUUGGAGAUCGCGUGUGGAAAGACUCUGGGGCCGUUCAAGAGGCGUCCAGACCGUCCCGAUAUCUCGUUACUCGCCGAGGUAGAGAAAGACAGCGUAACUGAAGCCGUGGUAGCAGCAUAUGUGCAUGCAAUCAAGAAGUGUCUCAAGGCGAAUAAGGACGACGACGAGGAUGCAGAAAGCGAAGAAGAACAAUGCCGAGCAGUCAUCCGAGAUGCAGUUGCAGACCUCGAAGGAGCCUGGAGCACCGCCUAUGCAACCAAGCGCGACCUCAAUCACCCAAAGGAGGUCAAAGUUCCCCAAGGUGCGCUGAAAAGAAAGGCCCCAGAUGCCCAGAACGGUUCUGUCGGGGAGAACGGUUCAACCAAAGCAUUGCAAGACCAGCUCUCAGGAAAUAUGGGUGGUCAAACUGUUUCCUCGCCCAAUGGCUUAUUUGAUGUGAUAAGAGUCAAAAUGCUCGGAGCCUGCGCGGAUUCACGCUGUGCCUGGGCAACUGCUUUCCUUGAAAGGGCCGAGGGUUUCUAUAACCGACACAUUCAUCACCUGCCUAGUGAGAAUCGCAUUCGCGUUGCUAUUCUCGAUACCGGAAUUGAUGACACAAAGGUUUUUUUCAGGGCAGCGAAACAAAACAGGACAAGAAGAGACAGUCCAGUUAUACUUAGGAGAUCAUUUCUAAACGGCAUCUCUGUUACUGACACCGACGGACACGGGACGAAUGUGGCCGCUCUUGUAUUGAAGAUGGCGCCCGAGGCCGACUUGUAUGUGGCCAAGAUCUCAAGUGGCCAUGAAGUGGAUGGAACAGAACAUAUAGCCGAUGCGAUUGAAUGGGCAAUAGAAAACGAGGUUCAUAUCAUCAACAUGUCGUUUGGAUUGUCCAGUCCUAAUUGGAACAUCAUAACAGCGAUCUGCCGUGCUGAGUCGCUGGGGAUAAUUUGCACUGCCGCAGCAUCAAACUACGGCAGUAACCAAACGAGAUCCUUCCCGGCAAAGCUGGAUCAAGUCCUUUGCAUCCACGCCGGAGAUGGAAAUGGCAACAAGUGUGAACAGAAUCCCACUCCAUUGCGUCGCAGUGACAACCUUAGUACCUUGGGCGUGUGUAUCCCGUCCGAGUGGGAAGAUGAAGAGGGCCACUACAUCUCAGGCACUUCUUAUGCGGCUCCUGUAGCUGCUGGGAUCGCAGCCAACGUUCUCAGGUUCGUGCGAUACGCGACGGCUAGGGGCUUGAUGACGCAGUUCCAAUACGAUUACGCUCAUAGCCGCUCGGGGAUGAAACGCAUCAUGCUGGCAAUGUGCGAGACACAGCAACGAGACGGGUAUGAGUUUGUGACACCAUGGCGAAGGAUCUGGAGAGAAGGUUCAACCGAGUCGGACGUUGUCAGCAAGAUGAAGGAGGCGUUGGAGUAG